CGAGGCGAGGAGAAUGCUCCCGCGGCCCCGCCCAGCUUCCCGGGGGACGCGGAGUGCGAGUGCUGUCCUUCCCCUUCCCUCCCGAGGCCCGGCGUCCUCCGUGUCCCGGCUGCGCGGGGCCGGACAUGCAGCCCGACUGCCUGUCAGCGGAGGGUGAGCGACGCUGCCGGCGGCUGCUGGCUGGGGCCACGGCCCGGCUCCGCGCGCGCCCCGCGGCGGCCGCGGUGCUGGUGCCGCUGUGCUCGGUGCGCGGGGUCCCGGCGCUGCUCUACACGCUGCGGUCCAGCCGCCUGGCCGGGAGCCACAAGGGUGACGUCAGUUUCCCAGGAGGCAAAUGUGACCCCACUGACCAGGAUGUGGUGCACACAGCCCUAAGGGAGACCCACGAGGAGCUGGGCCUUACUGUGCCUGAGGAGCAUGUGUGGGGCGUCCUGCGGCCUGUGCACGACAGGCAAAAGGCCAGCGUGGUGCCAGUGCUUGCUGGUGUGGGCCCACUGGAUCCCCAGAGUCUCAGGCCCAACCCUGAAGAGGUGGACGAGGUAUUUGCACUCCCCCUGUCCCACCUGCUGCAGGCGCAGAACCAAGGGUAUACACACUUCUGCCUGCAUGGCCACUUCAGCUACACGCUGCCUGUCUUCCUGCACGGGCCCCACCGUGUCUGGGGGCUCACGGCCGUCAUCACUGAGUUCACCCUGCAGCUGCUGGCACCUGGCGCCUACCAGCCCCGCCUGGCCAGCUCAGAGCGGCCCACGGGCUGAAGUCCUGGCCACAGGCAGCCCCUUCCUUCACCCUGCCAGGCCAGCUCCAUUCACGGACUGAAUAAAGAGCUUUUACCAAUUCUGUGGCAGCUGCAUCUUCUGCACUGGGGCCUUGACUUUGGGCA